AUGCCUGACGGCUACACUAUCAAGAGCUCCGGCAUCAACAGCCAGGGCAACUAUUACGACGCUCGCGACUACGGCCCGGACGUGGCCAACCCCAACUCGUAUCACUAUUCUAACACUGACGGCUCCUACUACUACUCCAACCCCAACGGGAGCACGUACCAUAAUGACGGCCAGGGAAACUCCACUUACACCAGCCCUUCUGGUUGGACGUUGACUAGUUCAAGCUCUACUUCUAGCACCAAGAAGUAA